CGAAGACAUCAUGAACUAUAUAUCGAGAUUUGGCUCAUCAUUAAAUAUCAGCAAUGGGGCUUUAUCCCAACGCCUCCGAUCGCGUUUGCGCCCGACUUUGGUGACGCCUUCUGGAUUUUGCUUUUACUCUCGCCGUGACUUCUCUUCGAGAAAUAUUAGGGUGGCUGCCAAUCCACAGCAAGAUCAGGGGAGCGAUCCAUCAACUUCUACGGCUCUUACAGCCGAGAAACGACCUAUGAACAUGGCCGAGCACGUCCUUACUACAUUCGAUCAAAUAGUCAACUGGGCCCGUCAAGGGUCUCUGUGGCCUCUGAGCUUUGGUCUAGCGUGUUGUGCGAUCGAAAUGAUGCACGUUUCAAUGCCCCGAUACGACCAAGAUCGCCUCGGUAUCAUCUUUCGAGCCUCUCCUCGACAGUCCGAUGUGAUGAUUGUUGCGGGGACUGUGACAAACAAGAUGGCCCCGGCUCUGAGGCAGUGCUAUGAUCAGAUGCCUGAGCCAAGAUGGGUCAUUAGCAUGGGUAGCUGUGCUAAUGGUGGAGGGUAUUACCAUUAUAGCUAUAGUAUUGUUCGGGGAGUGGAUCGCAUUGUUCCCGUGGACGUGUAUAUCCCUGGCUGCCCUCCCACAGCGGAGGCAACUCUCUAUGGGGUAUUCCAACUACAGAAGAAGAUAAAAAGGACUCGGGUUACGCGGAUAUGGUAUCGACGGUGA